GUCCACACUGACACUUGUUGGGGGUCCAUGUGUUCCAGAGUGUCGGUCUGCGCUGCACCGUGGUCCCGGCAGAUGAAGGAUCCCCCCGUGGAGACAGCACCCCCUCCCUGAAGAGGCUGACACCCCCGUGAGAGUUCCCAGUGAGUGUGUGGUCUGGAAGACAGAAGCCGACCUGUGAACUCACACGAAGACCCCAAAGCGGGGUCAUGUGACCGUGCUGACGUCAGGCCGGGGCGGCAGGCAGCCGAGGAGCCAGUUAGUUUGCAGGCUUUGAAUAAACCUCCAGCUCAGACGAGGAGACUCUGGGAGUCUGACAGUCCCCGUUAGCUCUGCUUCAGUCCAUCUCCCCCUCCUCUCUCGCUCUCUCUUCGUCGUCUCCUCUCUCGGCUCUUCUGCCCCCCCUCAUCUUCAGUUAUUUGUGCUGCUAUUCUUUUCUUCUCGCCUGUUGCUUCUUCUCUUCCUCCUCCUGCUGCUGCUGCCGCUGCCUCAAACUUAGCCUAGAGAGAAAGUGCUGGGUGAUGGACUGCUGAACAGCUUGUACAAAGUGAGCUGUGAGCAGAGCGAUCAACAGGCCCGACAGUCAUGGGGAAGCAGAACAGCAAGCUGCGCCCGGAGGUGAUGCAGGACCUCCUGGAGAGCACCGACUUCACCGAGCACGAGAUCCAGGAGUGGUACAAGGGCUUCCUGAGGGACUGCCCCAGCGGGAACCUCUCCAUGGAGGAGUUCAAGAAGAUCUACGGCAACUUCUUCCCCUACGGGGACGCGUCCAAGUUCGCCGAGCACGUCUUCCGCACCUUCGACGCCAACGGAGACGGGACGAUAGACUUCCGGUAGUUCAUCAUCGCGCUGAGCGUGACGUCGCGCGGCAAGCUGGAGCAGAAGCUGAAGUGGGCCUUCAGCAUGUACGACCUGGACGGCAACGGGUACAUCAGCAAGGCCGAGAUGCUGGAGAUCGUGCAGGCGAUAUAUAAGAUGGUUUCCUCUGUGAUGAAGAUGCCUGAAGACGAGUCGACGCCCGAGAAAAGGACGGAGAAGAUCUUCAGGCAGAUG